UAGAGAGCAUUAGGUAAUAAUCUUCAUAAUUUUCGUUUAGAAAUACAUAUAUCAUCUCAUUUAAUAAAAGUACCUUGUAAUCUUUGUAACAGCACUGUUGCAAAAUCACUGCCUUCAAACUCCCCAUGUAUUGACUGUUAUUAGCUUAUUUAUAAUUGGCCUUCAUACAAGAAAGGUAUUUAGGUUAUAUAUUAAUUUGAUAUUUACACAUGACUGGUAACUUACUUAUAAAGAUCGUCUUUUUCCGAAGAUGGGAUCUGCAUGGAUCUUUCAUGGGAUGGCUUCUAAAAUGACAUUUGAAUUGGGAUUACAUCGUAAAAUCAAGAAUCAACAAAUUAAAAUGAACGAUGAAGUUAAAGAAAUGAGAGAUAUGGCUUUCUGGGGAUGUUUUAUUGCUGAAACUUGGGUAUCAGCAUGUUAUGGUCGUCCUAGUGCUAUUGACGAAGCAACUUGUGAUGUUGAUCUUCUUCCAAUACCGUCAGAUCCCGAACCAGAUGAUGAAACACGGUUACACAUUGCAUGGGUUCUUCAUAUUAAUUUAUUACGUAUUUUUGCACAGGUACGCAAGUACUUAUAUGGACGUGCAAAAAUAGCCGGAAGUCGACGUGAAGAAAAUCAAUUUAGAUUCCUAGAUGCCGCAUUGGGUAGAUGGUUUUAUACUCUACCCCACUGGUUAAAAUUUGAAGAAAUGGCUCAAGAUGUACAAGGAAGCUUAUUGGGUACAAUUGGAGGAGAAAUGCAUACUUUAUUUUGGACAGUACUUAUUCUUCUUCAUAGUAGAAAUUUAACUAUGUUUACGGUAAAUCCAACAAAUUCGAUGACAUCAGAUGAUGCAUCUCGUGCAUCAUCUCGAACUAUUUGCAUUCAUGCAGCUACCAUACUUCUUCAUUGGCUUGACGUGUUAAUGAAUUCUGUACCGGAAUUUUAUGAGCAAUCUUGUACAGCAUUAUUUUCCAUUGCACCUGCCAUACGUGUUUUAGCUUGGACGGCUCAAAGGGGAGAUACUAAAGCUGAAAGUAUGGUAGAAAGGCUAAAAGAAAUUAAAAAGAAUGUAAAAGAUAUUGCAAGAAGAAGAUUUAUGGCACAAGAAGGAAGGGAGGGCAGAUUGGAUGGAGAAGAAAAGUUGCAGGAAUGGUUGGAUAAAGCCAAAGAAGAGGAAGCUAAAAACACACAAGCACGAGCAGGAGAAUACAUGAUGCUUAAUCCAGAUCAAUAUAGGAAAGAAUUUUCAUAUAUCGCAAAUAAAGGCAAGAGACCUGUUAAUAAUCGUCAACGUAAUAAAAAUGAUAAUAAAUCAACGUUGUGGACUGAUGACAAGGACAAUUUCCCUUUUACAUUUACUAUGGACACUUUUAACAAUGGAUUUCGUGAUAGAUCACAACCUUCUAAUGAUCCAUCAAUUGUGAACCAACAAUAUCAACAACAACCUUCUAAUAACCCUUCAAUGGCAAAUAUCUUAUUUUCUACUCUUUCUCCGUCAAAUACUUCAGCCUCAACAUCACCAAAUCCUACAGCAUCACCCAAUCCUCCAAUUUUUGGUGGUCAAAAUGUAAUUAUGAAUAAUAAUAUAACCCGACAACAACAUACCAAUACUUCAAAUAUAUGGACACCUCAAGACAACGGUUCUGCUGGUAUGCUAAAUACAUUCAAUGGUGACAUUGAUGCAAAAUUAGUUAAUAAUUAUAAUGAUGGUAAUAAUAUAAUCAGUAAUGGAGAAUGGAGUUAAAAUUUGCAGUUACAUAUUUAUUUAUUUAAAAAUUUGGAAUGAUAUAAAAUUAUUAUUAUUUAUUUGAAUAUUUGUAUGUAAUUAUUAUUAAAGUAUUAUUUAACCCGGUUUAACUAAACAUAAAUAACGACUUAAAAUUAAUAUUUGAGAAU